GACGAUUGUGAAACGUCAAAAUUAUGAAUAUCAAAAUUAACAGUUUAUCGAUUUACAAGUGUAUAAGUUAUCAGAUAUUCCCGUUCCGUGUCUGUCCGUCCUCAUUGUGGAAGAUGCGUUCUGAUUAUGAGUAACCAGCACCUGCAGCCAUAUUUCAAUUCUAAGGACGACUAUACUACCAUACUCGAUAAUCUCAAGACAGAGUUCGACGAACGUUGGCAGCACCAAGAACCAUCGCCAUACACAAAUCUAGAGAGUUAUGUGCAACGCGCCAUUUUAGGCAAUGGCAGCUUUGGCACCGUUAUGCUAGUCAGGGAAAAGCAUGGAAAGAAUUAUUAUGCGGCCAAAAUGAUGAACAAGGAUGAUCUGGUUCGAUUAAAGCAGAUCAAUCAUGUUCAUAACGAAAAGACUGUCCUCAGUGCUGUGCGAUUUCCAUUUCUGGUGCAUCUAAUUGAUUCCACCAAGGACUUUGACUAUCUCUAUUUAGUUCUACCAUUUGUCAAUGGUGGCGAACUGUUCACCUAUCAUCGCAAAGUGCGCAAGUUCAAUGAGAAGCAAUCCCGUUUCUAUGGAGCCCAAGUGUUGCUUGCUCUCGAGUAUCUGCAUCACAUGAAUCUCGUGUAUCGCGAUCUCAAGCCUGAGAACAUACUGAUGGAUGCCAAGGGUUACAUCAAGGUGACGGAUUUCGGUUUCACCAAGCGCGUUGAUAAUCGCACCAGCACUUUGUGCGGAACACCUGAAUAUCUGGCACCGGAAAUCAUUCAGCUGAAGCCGUACAAUAAGUCUGUGGAUUGGUGGGCGUUCGGUGUAUUGCUGUAUGAAUUUGUUGUCGGUCAAUCGCCAUUCUCGAUGCACAAUCGCGAUGUCAUUUUGAUGUACUCGAAAAUCUGCAUGGGCGAGAUGCGUUUGCCAUCAUUUUUCACUGCCCAAUUGAAGAAUCUCAUUGAGAAUCUCAUGCAGGUGGAACCCUCAAAGCGUUUAGGUAACGCGGUCGAAGGAUCGUCGGACAUUAAGAAUCAUCCGUGGUUUCAGGGCGUUGAUUGGUUUGUGCUGCUUAAUCAGGAGAUAAAUCCUCCGUAUAUUCCUACUGUGUCAAAUAUUGAAGAUUUGUCAAAUUUCGAGAAUUUCGAACCAAAAUCUAAAGUGAAGUCCAAAAUAAAUCGCCAUCCAGACUUGUUUAAUAAUUUUUAAA